AUAGCAAACAAAGCCUCGCUUGGUUUCUGGAGGCUUGACAACGCACGCGGGCCGCCCAGAGCCGCUUCAGAGAUAGUUCACCGGGGUUGAGUCCGGACUUAACCUUUCGAACGCACCAGGCAUCCGCAGGGAAAAAAAAGAUGAGCCGCCGCCUGCUAAAAUAUGGUGGCGAGGCCUUGAAACCUCACUUUGUGGACGGACGGUGGGAGCGUCCCCUGAUUUCAAAGCGCGUGGCGGCCCGCCUCCGCAAGGAGGCGGUCAUGAACGGUCGCGUCGGCCCAUGGCAGCCCAGCGUUCAGGAUUCGAACGGGGAGAAGAGGGAGGGCACGAAACAGGUCCUGGGAUGGGAUCCUGCUUGGGACACGGUGAAGGCGCCCAAAAUAUUGAGGCCGGCCAAGCUACACGCGCGGGAGCGGAACCGGGAGGAACGUUUUCAAAAGAUCGAAACGGCGAUGGCGGGGAUGGCGGCCAAGAUCGCUCAGCACAAAGAGAGCAUGCGAGCCUUGAAACCGAAACCGGGGAUAGAAACCUUGUACAAGAAGGUGGUGGCCAAGGCGCAAAAACGCCGGUGAGGUUGGAGGGCCCGGGUCACGGGGAAGAAGCCAAGCGGGCGCGACCCUUCGAUGGAUAUUCCUCCACCAGAGAGGGCGCCCGAAAGCAAACAAUAAAUACUUUUGAAGGUGAAGAAAUAAUGAACAUUGCGCUGA